AUGAAGAGUAAUUUGACAUUAUCGUCAAAGAAAGGUGUCGAGUUUCACAACUUCGAGGGACUGCUCGAAGCUUUAGAGAACAAGGGCUGGCGCUUAGUGAUUCGCGAUGAGAUUCAAUGGGAUGUCGCUCUGUUUUGCCGUGAUCAUCAAUGCGCUCGUUACAUGAAUCAUAUAAAACAAGCGAUCAAUGUCUCGAAAACGUUUGAUCUUAACAAGUUGAUGCCCCCAAAAACCGUAUUGAUCACCGGCUUUGAAAGUCACAUGAUCCAAUCGGAUGUUGCACUUUUGAAUCGACAAGGACGAACACUUUUCAUUCGAGAUCUCAACUUACAAAAUUCUCCUCUUGCCUUUGCUGUCAGCAAAAAUCUCAGUUAUGUUUUUCGAGAGAAACUCAAUCGAGCACUUGAGUCAAUGCAAGGAUCGUACCCAAAUUUUGCGAUCAGAUAUGCGACUCCUUAUGCUCCAUAUCGAACAACCGAAGUGGGCGCCUCUGGUUUUAUUGUUCGCUUGAGUCUCGUUUAUUUGUGGUCGUUAUUUCGACUGUGCCUUAUUGGAGUCGCUCUCGCGAUUGGGUUGCUUAUUGGGGAAAUAAUAACGGCAAAACUCGCAGCCAACAUUCAUUUGCUUCACGAGGAGUGUCGAUGUAAGCAAAGAGAUGAUGAAAUGAAACAUUUUACACGAAAUUCGCUUCUCGCUUUAUUAUCCAAGUUAAAAAGACAACAAGACAAUGUAAAGAAAGUAAAACGAAACAGUAUU